AUGGAAACCCUUCGCCAAACCAUAAUCGAAAAGCCCCUAUCCAGCGCCAGUGAAAUUCUUGAGCAGCAAUUGGAUGGACUUUCAGAGGUUAAGCAGUUAGAUCCGCUAACAGAGUUGCUCACAAUUGGUCAUGAGGCCGAUGAAAGGAUGGCCGAAGUGAUAUAUGCCGCCUGGUGCCACCUAUGCGAGAAGGAUCUCUGGUCCAUUCAGUACGACAACCUAGAGCAAUAUAGAAGAGUCAUUGGGUACUAUGACAUCAUCAGGCCUAUCAUUCGUCGAUUCAAACGAUCCGACAGAGAGAAGUUCUCAAAUAUGGAUCUGAUUGAAAGCAACUGGAAUGCGCCGGUGACAGAGGUCAUACCGUCACAUAUUGCCCCUCAAUCAUGGAGUAAUCAUAUGCUUUCUCUCCUCGCCACAUUAAGCAAAGAGAAAUAA